CUGAUGGAAUUAAAUGUAAUUAGUGGAUUACAGUAGUCGGACAGCACUGCAGUUGGGGAAUAUUUACUACCAAUGGAGGUGUUUCAAAUUGACAUGCUCUAAUUCACAGUGUAGUCGUCAUUAAGAUAAUCGAGCUUUGUAAACAUUAUUAAUCCUGACUUUUUGACAACAUCGAUUAAUCAACUAUAUCGGAAAGCUUUAGAUAGAGACCAAUCUUCCAGUUGGUGGUUUGAACGCAUUAAGAACAACGGGUGGCACACAGUCGCCCGUCAUUCAGAAGCUGACUCCUCUCAAACUAACACAGAGGGGGAUAUAAAGCAUUACUGCGGAAUACCCAGGAUUUGACCUGUUGCCAGAGCGUUAAAAGAAAGGAAGAUUAGGCAACUUGCCAAAAGCAAGACCUCUUCUCUGUUAUGUCUGUCUCCUCUUUACCGGAAUGGAAACAACUCCUGCUGGAGCGAAAGAGGAGGGAGGAGGAGGAGCGAGAGAAGAGAGAAAAAGAGGAGGAGGACAAACUCGCCAGCAUGCCUGCCUGGAAGCGAGGGAUCAUCCAGAGGAGGAGAAUGAAACAGGAGAGUUUCGGGGACAAGGAGAGGGAGGGCCCCCUCCAAGUCAAGGAGGGCAGGUCCCCCUCUGACCCUGCGAGUGACCUGGACAGCUCUACACUAGUGCAGAUGGGAAGUGAACCACCACUCAGCCCAGACAUCACAGGGCCUUGGCUGGAUGAAGAGGCUAAACCGCAGAGUCUGGUGUUAAAGGAGACCAUCAUCCCUGUCGGACAAAACUCAUUCAUUCGCACACAUGGCGGAUGGAGGAGGGGAAGAGAAGCAGAGAGGGCUGGGGAGAUGGGCCACGAGAAAGGGAAUGAGCAGGAAAUAGAAGUAGGGAGAGAGAGGCAAAAGGAGAAAGAAAGAGGCCACGUCAAAGGUCAUGAUGGAGAGUCUGGGAAGGGAAGAGAUAUAGAAAUACAAAUAGAGCGAUACAGGGACAGGAGUGGGGGCAGAGAAAGGGACAGGAGUGCCGGGAGAGAAAGGGACAGGAGUAGAGGCAGAGAAAGGGACAGGAGUAGGGGCAGAGAAAGGGACAGGAGUGCCGGGAGAGAGACGAGCCGGGAUACUGUGAGAGACAGGGAAAGGGAUUGCCCGAGAGGGAGAAAAGAGGAGGAGAGGGAGGAGGGAGACUCAAAUUCUCCAACCCCCAAGUACUCCUAUCCACUAGUCCCAGGCCUUCGUACCAUCAGAGCAGACAACAUCAUCAUUAUUGAACAGGACAGAAAGGGAAGUGAUGAAAGGAGGGGUAGAAGGAGAGAGUCAGAGAGGGAGAGGGAGGUGAUGGAAGAGGAGCAGGAAAAUAGAGAUGUAAAGAUGGACCUCAAGGAGUUUAUGGCUGGUGGAGGGAGUGUCACAGAGAUCCGGGCAUCAGAAAUAUUGAUCAUUAAACCCUUAGCUGGCAAUGAGGACUCAAGAAGUGGAGGUCUCAAAGGGACAGGCAGGGAAGGAGACGGAGAAAGAGGGAGAGAUGCAAAGUGCAAUAAAGAUGGAGGGAAAGACUGUGAGAGGCAGCUGGAGAGAGAGGUGGCAUGGCUGAUGAUGAAAGAUAAAGAGAGGGAAAACUUGAGGGAGAAAGACCGACCACGGACACAAGUAGCUUCUUCAGAAAAAGAGGAUCAGAGAUAUGGUGACACAGAUGACAGUAUCCACAACGAGAGAGGAGUUAGGGUGAGUGAGCUGCUGAGUAAAUUUGGGGAGCACCCAAAGAAAUUCAGAGAACAUCCAAAACCCCCAUCCCGGUCUAAAAGCUCAGAGUGUUUCAUCCGGCCUGGCAGGGGCAGAGAACCGUUUUGUCUGGAUGAUGGAGACAGGAGAGGGGAGGAGGAACAUGCAGGAUUCAGGGGUGUGCCCAAGCGGUCAUUCAGCUUCUCUGACCGCGUGAUAUGCACAAAGGAGAAUGGCAUGCAGGACGAGGGGAACCAUGAUAGGAAGGUGGUGGAGAGGACAUGUUCAGACAGGAGGGUGGCAGCAAAGGGAGAUGUAGUGGAGGGGGAAUGGUCAGAGAGGGGAGGCAAGCAGGGGUGCUGGACCUGGCUUUCAGAUAAAGUGCCUGUGGGGAAGCAUAGAGAGGGAUGCAUAAAAGCAGACAGGGCGGUAGGGGGACAGCACGAGAGACGGCCUGCUUUGGAAAGUAACGCCGGAAAAGAGAUUGACCGUUGGGUCGAGAGAGUAACAGGAGUGGAGUUAGAUUUUAGCAACAAGGGGACAGAGGAACUCACAGAGAAUAUGUAUGGGGAGGUAGGGUUUACAAUGGCCUCAGUUAGAAACACAGAGGCCUCGUUUGCACGAAGAGUGCCCAUCAGACAGGAUGGUCGAGAGAGAGCAGUGGAAAGAGAGGUAGAGCAAACGAGAGAAGAAAGCGAGAGAGGGUUGGUCAAGGCGAGGAGCAAAGGGAGAGAGGGGGUGGGUGGAAGAGAGGUGGAACCUCAAGUGCGGGAGAGAAGGGAGUCAGACUUUAGGAGAGGAUCAGAGGUAAGGGACAUGAAGAGGGUAUCAGAGGUAAGGGACUGCACAAUUUCAGUUGAAACAACUCAGCAAAACUGUGUGAUCACCCUCUCCAUAGACAGAGCCAGUCCUCCUCAGUCUGUCGAUAGUCAUUACGACCACGUGUCAGCGUUUACAGAGUGCUCAUCAACCUUGCUCAGUACUGUGGCACAUAAAGGAACAGAUUGGCAUAGUAGUCAAGGAGCACCGGGACACCAUUCAACCCAGUCACCACUGUCACAGCACACAGAGGAUCUUAUCAACAAGAUAGAGAGAGUGGGGGGGACAGUGAAUGAACGUGACAAUCACAAAGGGACCCAAACAUUGAUGCAGGAUGGCAAAGGCGUGAUGAGGGAGGACACAGAGACUGAGAGAGGGAGCAAAGCUUAUAGGGAGCCAGGUGAGGUAAGCAAGGACACUAUACAUUCACCUGGCGCACACGUGCACAGUCAUGUUUACCCCAAAAAGUCAGUUCAUGAAGUGACCCCUAAGUGUCCUAAGUCUCCAAAGUGCUUUGCCUCAGUUGGAACCCCUCCAAUGCCACUUGAGAUACACAUACCAAGGACCGUGUUCUAUGGUGUGGGGGAGGCAAGCUUCCAAAGCGAAUACGACCAGAGCUGUGAAGGAGAGGGAGGAAAAGGUGUGGAGAGGAAGGACAGUUGGAGGAUCGGCAAGCGCUUGUCUCACAUCGAAUCCUUGCGAGAGAAAAUCCAACAGAGAGAGAAGGAGAGGCUGAGGAACAUGGAGGGAGUGGCAACGACGGGGGAUGAUGGAGAUGCGACUGAGGGGACAGAAAAGGCUGGGACUAGAAGGACUAGAAAAGCUUCAAGUUCAGACUGGUGUGAGGAAGGAGAGAUGGGGAACGAAAUAGAGCGAGAGAGACAGAGACAGGAAGGCUCCCCACCGCAGACAACAUCCACUCAGUUUGACGUCACACAGGAAGUGAGCGUGUCAAAAGCCGUCUCCCAGCUUCCUGUUCCUCUCUCGUUCUCGCAAGCUGUCAAAGGAGAGAAAGAAACCAGAGGGAUCUCCAUCGCAGCCUGUGAAGUAGCCUUGAUCAGCUCUCACACAACUGAGAGAGGGGAAGAUCCAACCAAACAUGUACUAGCAGAGUUACGGUGCGACAGGGGUCGGCAGAGGAAACAGAACACCAGAGGCAGAGGAGAAGAAGGAGAGGAUAAACUCUCGGAGGAAGAGUACAGGCUGCAUUAUCUGCCUCCUUCACACUCUCCCGCGCCCUUAGACUCUCUCUCCCCCUCUCUGCUUCACCCUCCCUCUCUUGCUGAAAUGAGCCGGAUCUAUAACUUGAAAACUGUGGGGUCCAGGGCGGCGGUGUGCAUGAGUGACAGGACCGUGGAUAGGCCUAUCCCAUCACACACUCCUAAGGUACAGUCCGACAUAUCCGCAGAACAACAGGAGCCAUGCAGUCCAGAGAGAUCAGUUGGGAGGCUGACACAGAAGCAGCUGUGGGGUGGUGGUGGGGCUCCUGGGAAUAAAGCCUCUUCCAGCGAUGAGAAGUCCGGACUUCAGACUGUACAGUGUCAGGUGGAACAGCUUCAGUUGCGAGAACAACAGGAAGUACAGAGACAAUCACAUGACGACAACGCAGCACAGUCGUCUUUUGGACAAAAUAUUAAUUUGAAAGAUAAAGAGUCUAAAGCUCAGCAAAGCCCUAGGAUAUCACACAAUCAGCCUAAUAAGGAACCUCAGCAGAAGCAUCCAAGGCAAAAGGACCAGCAAACAAUCCUAAAUCCCAGAAAAUCUCAGUCCAAUCUGCAACUGCACUCUGAAAGGCCUCCUCAACCCAAGCAGGCCCAGUCCAACCAACCCAAACAGGCCCGAUCCAUUACCAUCAACUCCAGAUCUGUCCUGACCCCCUCUCCUGAGAACUCAUUACACCCAGACCAGGGAGUACCAACCACCCCAUCAGCUUCCCCAUCCCAGUCCCCCUCCGUCUCCCUCCCCUUCCCCUUCUCCGACCCAUUUCACCAUCAGAAGCCUCUCUGGAGGCCAGCAGGUCAAGAGGGGCACCACCAUCACCAUCACCCCCAGGAAGCCUGUUGGAGGGGCAGCCGUGGAAGCUGUUUCAGAUCCUCUAGACCCCUGGCCAAUACGUCUGCCCAGUCCCAGAUGCCUGUCCUAACCGAGGAAGGAGAGAAAGGCAAGAAGAGGUACCCCACUGCGGAGGAGAUUGAGGUGAUCGGCGGGUAUCAGAACCUGGACAAGUCCUGCCUGGUCAAGACUUCCAAAGCAUCUCCCAAAGGGGUGAAGGUGUGCUUCGACGAGACCCAGCUGGAGCAGGUGUGUGAGUACCCAUCAGAGACCUCCAUGUUUGACUCCACCCACUACCCCUUACUUGAUCAGAUGAAAGGGAGGGAGGAGGAGGUGAAGGACGAAGACGAGGAGGAGAGAGGAGUGCUUGUGUCCAGAAGCAGCAGGAAUGUGGGGGCAGCGGUUGGCCUGAGAGUGCUGAGAGUGGCUGGUUCUCCAGGAGGCGUUGGAGAACCUGUCAGACGUGGAGCACAUAUUCUUGGGUGGAAUGGGAGAUGAUGAGGACAAAGACAGACCGGUUCAACAUGUCCCGGAGAACGUCAUUGACCAGACACUGGAACACAGCAGGGGCAUUGGUAAGGCCAAAUGGCAUGAACCGAUACUCGUAAUGACCACAGGCCGUGUUGAAGGUGACUCUUCCAUUUGCAAGGUGGGAUCCCUGGGCGUGCGAGCAACAUCCAAUAACCUCUCCCUCCGUUGUUCCCGUAAUCGCCCAUCGAUACGGAUGGUCAAGCUCUGUAGGUAACUACCGGGCUGCAAGCUUGUCCUUGACCUCCUCAGAGACGCCGUGCAGGAACAUAUCGAACAUUGCCUCUUGAUUCCAAGCACUCUCCGCUUGUUCCCACACAGCAGUAGCCCAGGUGAGAGCCCUCCCGGUCAUCAGCGUGAUGAGGUAGGCUAUCUUGGAGCGAUCCGAGGGGAAGGAGGAGGGCUGAAGCUUGAAGACGAGGAUACAUUGAGCUAGGAACGCCCGACAGGUGCUCGGCUCUCCACUGAAGCAUUCCGGAGGAGGUAAGUAGGGCUCUCAAGAAGGUGGAGUGAUCAAUGAGACGGCGCUGCUUGUACUUCGCGGCUGAGCCGUUGUUGCUCCUAGACAUUUCCACUUCACAAUAAAAGCAUUCACAGUUGACCAGGGCAGCUGUAGCAGGGCAGAAAUGUGAAGAACUGACUUGUUGGAAAA